GCCCUGUGCGACGAAAAGAGGCUUUGCUGCUCUGAUUAACAGCACUGGCAAGAACAUUAACUCACUUUUCUUUGGAAAUGAAAAGCACCUCUCCAGGAGAGUUUAAAGGAUUAGGCACCAGCUGGAAUAUUAAGCUACUUCAUGGAGAGACUCCUUUGUGCCACAUGCUGUCUGUGAGCGCUAGUGUCACAGCUAUCUGCAGUGCCAUCUGAGACCAUACGAGCUGGCCGCAGCGAUGGGGGACUCUGCAAUGAAUGCCGUGGAUGGAGGCAGAGAGACGUGCUGCAAAGACACGCAGACGGAACUGGCAGAGCGGGUAGCAGCCAUCGAUGUGGCUGUUGGCCCAGACAGAAGUGGCCGAAAUGGUGAAGACCCCAGGGAAGAAAACGACACGGUCUUUUCUGAUAACAUAAAAGACAUCCAAAGAAAUGGAGUCAACAGUGAUGUGGGAGUGAAUGAAUUUCUGCCUUCCCAACAGUCAGAAGAUGCUCACUGGAGACACGUUCCCAAGAGACCUCUCACUAGACCAGUCCUUUCAAGUAGGAAGUUGUCUCUUCAGGAGAGAUCAUCAGGAGGUUAUUUGGCUUCUACCAACGCUCCAGGUUGUGGUCUUUAUGCCACAGGGCCAUCGCCACGUAUAAUGAGGAGACCAACGAUAGAAUCCAAUCGGGUCUCCAUAUCAGAUUCUGAGGACUGCGUGCAAUUAAACCAGUACAAGCUGCAGAGCGAAAUAGGCAAGGGUUCCUAUGGUGUUGUGAAACUGGCCUACAAUGAGAACGAUGACAAGUAUUACGCUAUGAAAGUCCUCUCCAAAAAGAAGCUCUUGAAGCAGUAUGGAUUUCCACGUCGUCCUCCUCCCAGAGGGUCGAAAGCAUCCUCCGGAGAGCAGCCAAAGCCCAUGGCACCGCUGGACAGGGUCUAUCAGGAAAUAGCCAUCUUAAAGAAACUGGACCAUGUCAACAUUGUUAAGCUGAUAGAGGUCCUUGACGAUCCUGCAGAGGACAACUUGUACAUGGUGUUUGACCUCCUGAGGAAAGGCCCUGUCAUGGAGGUACCGAGUGACCAGCCCUUCAGUGAGGAGCAGGCUCGGCUCUACUUCCGAGACAUCGUCUUGGGCAUCGAGUACUUGCACUACCAGAAGAUCAUUCACCGGGACAUCAAGCCUUCCAACUUGCUCUUAGGAGAUGACGGGCACGUCAAAAUCGCUGAUUUUGGAGUCAGCAAUCAAUUUGAAGGGAACGAUGCCCAGCUUUCCAGCACGGCAGGGACACCAGCCUUCAUGGCACCAGAGGCCAUUUCAGACACUGGCAAAAGUUUCAGUGGAAAGGCACUUGACGUAUGGGCCAUGGGAAUUACGCUGUACUGCUUUGUUUACGGGAAGUGCCCUUUUAUAGAUGAAUAUAUUCUGGGUCUUCAUAACAGGAUCAAGAACAAGCCUGUAGAGUUCCCAGAAGAAACACAGAUAAGUGACGAGCUCAAGGAGCUGAUCCUACGCAUGCUGGAUAAAAAUCCAGAAACAAGGAUAACUGUCCCCAGAAUUAAGGUGCAUCCGUGGCUGACCAGGGGCGGCCAGGAGCCUCUCCCACUGGAGGAGGAGCACUGUACCGUGGUGGAGGUGACAGAGGAGGAGGUGAAGAACUCGGUGAAGACAAUCCCGAGCUUGCCAGCUGUGAUCCUAGUGAAGGCCAUGCUAAGGAAACGCUCCUUUGGAAAUCCAUUCGAGGUUCAGGCGAGGCGGGAGGAGAGAUCCAUGUCUGCUCCAGGGAACUUGCUGAUGGACAGGCUCCUCUUAAACCCAUCUCUGUAUUUGCAUCCGUCUUUAAGAAAACAAGGGAGCAGAGAAGGCAGCAGGGACCCGGAGCUGCCCGACGUGUGUGAAGAUGAAGCUACAUCCUGAAGCUGCCUGGCUGUGCAGGCUGGUCACUCACGUGCUGCUGCUGUUGUAUCCAUCAUGGUGUUGUCUAGCACCCAUCUGCCCUCAUCACCAAGUCUGGGGCCUGCAAAGCAAAUAAAAAAAAAAAAUUAAAAAAAAAAACCACCACAACCCAAAAACGGACCAACCCAGAAAACCAGAAAGGAGGAACAGAGCAGCAAUAAGGAAAAGAGGAGCCCUCGGGCAGCAUGGCUGGCAGGGGGCUGGCUCGGCCUCGUGGGCGGCUGCGUUCUUCAUGCAAGGUGUCCGUGCGCUCCUCCGUGUGUGCCUUGCUCUCCACUUGCGCUUCACGUGUGGGCUUUGUAGUUGGGUGUCUUGGCCGAUGAAUGCGGUUUUAUUUGUAACGCGAGGAACCAAACGUCUCACGGGUCGGUCGCCCUGGAGACUUUUUUUUUCCUUUGCUUUUUUGCAUUCUCUAUUUUAAGCAUCAGGAAAAAAAAUCAUUACAUCAGAGUCAGGUUUUAUAUCAGAGGGUAACUGUUUUAUUUAAUGCACGGGUAAAGCACUUCUGUAUAUCCGGACACGGUCCUGCUCCUGUUGGAGCUGAUGGCAGAAUUUCUAUGGAUGGUCCUGCUCCUGCAGAAUUUCUAUGGAUAUCAGUUAAAGGAGGAUGAAAUCUUGCUGUUGGAGCAAAUGCUGUCACUCUCUAUGCCUUUCCUUCUCUUUUUUUCCCUUCUCUUCUUACCCCUCAGUUCUUGCACAGUGUAAAUCCUGCCAGCGUCGGUGGCUUUAGUCAGGGCAGCGUCAUCAAACAGAAUCACUCGAUAUUCCCAGUAACGUGCAAUGAGCCUUGGAAGGUCACAGAGACCUGGUGCACUGGGAUGUGCUGUGGCGUGGAAGGGCUUAGUGCACCCAGGGCAUCUGCUAGCCAGGCAUGCUCUUCCCGAGGGGCUGGGGCUGCCCUCCAUCCCCUGCGCCCAGCCCUGUGCGCACGGACCUUGUCCUCAAAGCUGAAAAGAAGUAGCAGCUUUGGGGUUUAUUUUCCUGAAGGAUGAUUUCCUUCCCCUCACUCAUCUCUCAGCUCCUUUUAAAUUACGUACCUGGUGCUCGUCAGCUUUAAUUUCCUGAUAAGUGACCCAAACUGGGAGAGCUCCCUGGCAUGCCAAAUGUUGGUAAAGGGUUUUUAGACUAAGGGAAGUGACAGAACACAAAUGAGAUCAAGACUUGAUCUUUUGGGUUUUUAAGGCUUUAAUUUUUAAUUUUAUUUUAAGACUGUCAUUUUGAUGCACGUGCUGAUGCUGCUAUUUUAUCCAUAGUUUGCUUCUAAACUUGGGAUUAGAAGCUUCAUCUCUACAGUUUGAUAACAGGUGAGAACUUGCACUUAAAAGGGCAAAGGCAGCUUUUUCAGUGGCUGUUGACUAUAAGGAAUUUCACUCCUACACUCAGAGUAAAAACCAGUAAUACCAAUCCAUCAAAAUAUCCGUUAGCAUUUUCCCUUGAGCUUUAGGGGGUUUGAGCAUGCCCCUGGGAAGCUCAUGGGAUUGGACUCUUAUUUUAUAGUACUUAAAUAAAGGACACGACGAAAUUUGGUUCCUACUUCAUCAUAGUGUCUUUUUUCAGGUUAAUCCUGAGGGUUUGGGACUUUUUUCCGGGACUUUUUUCCCUAAUUUUUUGUGCCGGGGGAUACGUGCACGAGGGUUGUUGGUAGCGGCUGGUGUACUGGUGUUGCUGUUCUGUUCACUGCAGCCGUUGGGUGGUUUGCAGUGUUUCUGUACCAGUGCUACCAGUGCCUGUCCCCAGCCUGCCACCUCGCCUCGCUCAUCUUCAGCCACCUCGGUGGUAUGACCAGAAGCAGUCACCAGCCAGAGCUCUGCCCCACAUCUCACCUGUAAAUAUUGGCAAAUGGGGAAAUAAUAUCGCAGCGAGUGUGUUUUGUCAAGGGGAUCUUUUGAUUUUUAAAGCAGGCAAAAGUGUUGGAUCCUGUAAAGGUUACUGCUCAGGGCCUGCGCUCUGCAUUGCUUGCAGCCGGGUGGCAAAUCCUGCCUGCAUUUGUGUGGCUGCAAUGGCUGUGCGCUCAGCAUCCUCCGCGGGCCCGUGGCUCUGCUCCGGCUGCGUGCCAUGAUGCAUCCCGCGGGCUGGCGCUUGCAUCCCGCUGCCUUGUGAUGAAGAUGUAAGCACCCAGAGGAAGGGAUGGAAGAUGGUGAUGAGGACUUGGCAAGCCUGAGAGCGCAGGGGGGGCUCUGCAAAUGUGGGAGGGGGGACUGGCCAGGAGGAGCCAUUGCCUGCGGAGGGGUUGGUCUCUGGAUGCAAAGUGGUGUGUGCUGGGGACAAAGCGCUGGGAUUGCCACCAGGUCCUGCUGCACGCCAGGGGCUGAGCUGAGCAGCCCCAGGGAAGUGGUGGGAGCAAACUGGUUUGUGGAAAAAUGGACCUUCUCCAGCGGGUGUCCUGGGGGCUGGGGCUCGGGCUGGCUGUGGCAAGGACAGGCUGCUGGCAGUGGGAGGAAGGCUGUGGUGCUGGGUGAGUGCCCAGCCUGCGUGGGGAAGUGACCUUGGGUCAAGGGCAUGUCUCGGGAAGUUGCCUUACCCCUGGGAGAAAAGGCAGUACCUGUAGUCCUUAUCCCCAUGGGACUUCUGAGGUCUAAGCAAUACUGGAGUCGUGCUCAAAGAGCUCUAAGACUGCAAACAUGGGGAUAUUUAUUGUAUUUUUAAUAUAUGGUAAGAAUAAUUUGCUAAUUCAGUCAGUGUUUGUGGUUAUUCUCAUGAUGCCCAAGAGGCUGGGAGAUAGGGGGGCAAGGCUGCUGGAAGGCUGUUCUCAGCCUCAAUUAAUGCAACCAGUUUAAUUAUAAUUUACUGGUUAUGUCAUGCUUCUGUAGUGGUAGCUGAAAUGUCAUUUCAGUUUUGGAGAGAAUGGGUAUUUUUUAUGAUUAUCCCCAAAUUGGUUUUGAAACAGUUGCCCUUUCGGCUGAAAGAAAUAAUUCUGGAGCUGUUCCCAGAGGUCCAGGGAGCGACCAGGGCUGCACAGCUGAGCUGGUGUCACACCUUGGUCCCCAGCCAGCCCGCCAGCCUCUGGGGUCAAUCCUUUACCUCCCAAACUCCUCUGUAUUGCAUUGCGGAUGGCAGCCUGAAACCUUGCCUGAAAUGAAAUGAGGAAGGUGCAGCAGCAGCAAGAGAAACGCUCGGAUUUAUCCAAAGGCUUGGUAAGGCGACUGUAAAAACACGCAUCUUGCUUAACUGCAAUGAAAUUUUUAUGUACGCGCACGUUAGGGCAACUGGGAGCAACUCUGUUUUGCUCUGAAGAAUGGAAGAGGCUAAAGAGAUGGUAUUUAUUUGAAAAUAAACAUCUUUGGCAAGCCAGUCCUUUUAUCUGUCGAGGAAAGUCAUUCUUUUUAGCUGGAUGGCUAAAUACUUGUGAACGUGGGGACGGGGUCUGGCAUGGCAGGGCAAAUCUGAGCUGGCAUGGGCACGCACUGAUACUUCUCUGCAUACCCUGCAUUUUUGCCCUCCAAAUCCUUGCUUGCCCCUGUUAUUCCUGGAGUACCAGCAUCCCACAAAAAGAGGUACUGGGAUGCUCUGCAGUGUGUCAGCGGGGUCUGUCGUGGGGAGGGCUCCUCUUUCCCCCCGUGCGAUGGCAGGCUCGGCUCUGGUCAGCUUUGGUGGGCUUUCCCAGCUUGGGGAUGGCCUGGAGCGAGAGGCCCGGAAAGAAAUUUCUCUUUUGGGGACAUGGCAUACCCUUUUGGUCUCCAGGAUGUCGAUUUCUUUGUCUUGUUCAGUUCAGUUCAGGAGGUAGUGCUACGUAAAAAUCCUGGUUUAGUGUCUCCUGUCUGGCACGGAGGGAUGCUGCAGUGAUAUCUUUAACCCUUUGGGCAGGAAUGUGUCACUGUGAAUGUCACACGUUGCAAAGAAAUGAGCUUUUCAGCGUUUUAAUGAUGCAUUGCAGCAUGUGAACACGUGCACAGAUCACCACUCACGGUGUUUAUACCUCAGCUCCCCAGCCGUGCCCAUGUAGGGGCUACGUGCGUUUCCCAGUGGUGUAGCCUCCAGACACGGCAGUGUGGGCAGACGUGGUGCAGUUGUGUGAUGUGGCCCCGGAGCGGGAGCAGGUCCCUGGAGCGGGUGUGUGGAACCGAGAGGGUAUUUGCAGCGAGCCUGUGGCCGGGGGUCCGUGCUGCGAGGGGCAGAAGGAAUCCCUGGGAGCUUUGGCUGCAGCGCCGUCGCUCCAGCCCGAUCCAUGUAGGAGCCUCUUCUCGCAGGAGAAGCUAAACCACCUGCAGCAGUCAGUGCGACCGCGCCGUGAAUAUUUUUUUAAUUUUUUUCAGUGCCUUGAGACACAAGAAGCAAGCUGCUCAGCAAAAAAAUGGGCUUUCUGAAAGGUCAAGUGGCACAUGUCUGUGACAUGCUUGUCAGCCUUCGGAGGGUGGGUAACUCAGGCGUGUCCUUUGCCAGUCACGGUGGCAUCAGUUGCUCUCUUGUUUGUGUCACAUCUGGGGCCAACAUCUCCUGCCCGGGUGGUGGCUCACUUUUUGCAUCUUGCAGGUUGCAGAUUUGAGAAAUUGUUGCGUUUCGGAGCCAAAGGCGCACGUGGAGAUGCGUGCCGAGGUCACUGCAGGUUUGCAGGCACAGGGGGCUGCAGCCUGCCGCGGGUACCAGCACGGGCUGCUGCCCUUCCCUGCUGCAGAGAGAUGCUGGGGGGCUGGAGAUGGGAAAUGGGGUGGCUUUGGGUAUCUCCUCCUUGCAUGUCCCCUGUGAUACACCAUGGGGGGGACACCUGGUAAGUGCAUGUCUGGCGAGCCCAGCAUGCUCCUGCCACUGUGCCCCAUUCUGUGCCUGCCCCGUCCGCUUUGGCAGGUCUCCAUCUCCCCUGCUCCGUGCCAGAAUUUGGCCCCUGAGCCAAGCAACAGAGUGCAAAACCCACGGAGGCUAAAUACAGCCCCGGCUCCUUGCAGCGCAGUGUUGCUAACCCAAGCUGUGUUGUUUUGGGGGUCCUAGGGAGAGUGGUUUGACAAACGCUGCCCUGGAAAACAUUCCCAGGGAAUAAAACAGGGAAGGUGGGAGCAGCCAGGGGUUGGCCAUGGGAAGGCUGGUCUUGUGUAUGGCUGCAUCCGAAGGGAGCCCAGCGGGGGGACAGCGUAGCUGUUCCCUGCAAAACAAAUUGCAACUCCAUGAAAUGACUCCCUGGAUGGGGUUUAAUUCCUUCUUUAUCGCCAGACUUGCAAGGGGAGCUGGUGGGAGGAAUUUUGUGUUCCUUCAUCACAGCUCGAUGUCCUGAAGCCGUUGGCAGCCCUGAGGCAGGGGCUGAAGGAGGUUUUUCCCCAUCUCUGUGGUGGGUGGCCAGGAGAGCUCCUUCGCUCCCUCUGGCUCAGCGCUGUCCUUCUUGUAUCUUCUCCAAGAAAACCAGGAGAUUUGUCCUGCCAGCCCAGGGGCUUGGUCCCAGCCCCUUGGAGACCCAGGCUCUCUCUAAGGGUCCCACCUGCCCUUGCUGGUGCUCAGAGCCCCUUGUCCCCCACCAGCUGCAGCGAGGAACAGCCCUUAGCUGGUGCUUUGGGCUCUCUUCCACCGAGCAGCGCAGUCGGGUACAUGAGAAGCUAUGGCAUGAUUUCAAGUGAUGCUUUGAUGGUGCAGCUAGUGCAGGAGAUUCAGAACAAACGCGGCAAGGACUGUUGUUGUCUCUCUGGUGGUGUCUCUGGGCAGACUGGCUGAGCGAGCUAAAAGGGUCAUUGGUGGUCCUGGACAGCUUUAUCAGUGAUUUCCAGACGUAGAGCCCACGUCUGCUGUGUUUUGCUAGGUGCUCAGUAUCGGUGUUCUGUUCUGCUGCAAUAAAAGAAGGUCCGUCUCUGGGAUGGGCGAUGUGACCUUUGUGUGGGAUGGGGACAGCGGGAAAGGCAGGCUCCGUUCUGCCCCGAGAGGAUGGGGAUCUCACUAAGUGUGACAACAUUUGCAAAGGAGGAAGGACAGUGCUGGGGGUCCUGCUGAGAGCUUGGGCACCUUGGGUACCUUGGGUGUCCAGCAGGAUUACUGGAGCCUGGAAGGCAGAUUGUUGUUUUCUGUGUGUGUAUAUAACUUAGCUUAGGUACCAAACUUUGCUCUACCAGGGCACACUCUCAGUGGUGUUUGCUGAGCACAGCACUGAAAGGGAUUUCUUUUCUGGCCCAGAGCCUCCCACAGCAGGCCAUACUUGGACCAGGUUCCUCCCAGCCUGAAUUAACCUGGAUUAUCCCAUGACCCUGUUGCUCUGAACGCAGCCUUUCAUGGGACGAGGGAAGGAAAGGAUCUUGAGAGUUAGUUGCUGCCUGUCACCUUUCCUUCCUGAAGCAAAGCCAUGUAUGCUCAGGGUCGCUGCUAGCGGACACCCAGGCCCCAGGCAGUGACCACAAGCCAUCAGUCAAAGCAUUCCAAAAAAACUGUGUAAAUUCAAGAAAGAGUAAAUUGCAACUUUUGAGGAUAUAAUUGGGAUCCUCUGUGCCGUAAUUUUGCUGCUGUCUUUGAUUUACAGGCCUGUUCUGUUAGGAUUUAAGUCUCUCAUUAUACUUGAUGUUAAAUAUAUGACUCUGUAUGUACUCUGCUAUAAUUCAAGCAUGACGUAUAUGCACUCAGUACUGUAAUGGCACGUGGCUGUUACACUGUAAAUAUGUACCAUGAAUAGAGAGGCUUAUUUUUUGCAUGCUUUUGUACUCUAGAACUGAAGAGAAAAUGACAAUAAAGUCCACAGAGAUGACA